AAGUGUAAGGUUUCGGCUGCUAACGGAAGUCUCCGCUUCCUGCGAAUCACAACAUAACGUAACUCAAAAGAGGCUUUCCAUAUUGCACAAUUUCUUGCUGAUUAGGAAGGCAGAUACCAUGUGGAAGUCACAUGAACGACAAGGAUGAGGCAUAAACAACAAGGGGGCAGCUUGAGGAGAGAGCCGCUGUACAUAUAGAGGGAGGGGGUUUGCUGCUUGUAAAGGCCCUGCACAAGCAACAACCCCUGUGUCCCCUUCUCCUGAACAUAUGCAAUGAACAGCACCACUGAGCCCCCUACCAUCAUAGAUGGAGAUGUGGCAGUCAGCUACGUGUUGGUGCCAUUUUUCCUCAUUACUAUUAUAGGAAUAGCUGCAGCUGUGGUUAUGUAUAUUCGUAAGAGAAGGCGAAUUGACAGACUCCGUCAUCAGCUGUUACCAGUUUACACGUACGAUCCAUCAGAGGAGCUUAAUGAAGCGGAGCAAGAAAUGUUGUGGAGAGAAGAGGACACAAGGGUUGUACAAGGUUGGGCCAGAAGCUAUCAACAGCGACGCCCUCUUCUGACCAAAGACGUCAAUGCAUGACUGUAGUAAACCAUGGCAUAGAACAUUUUCAGUGUGGAGAACCAUCAGCUAAGUCAUGCUCAAGACUUUCUCUGUUUUGUUUCAUUUUCUUUGCCACAGUUCGCCGUUAUCUUUCCUGUUUAAUGUACAGACAAGGUGGCUGUUUAUUUGUGUGGUUCUGAAGCCAAUCCUGUGUGCCUAACAGAUGUAGUACCUUCAAUUUAUUUAUUUGAAAUUAUUUAUUUGAGCCUUUUUUUUACUUUGGUAUCAAAUUACAUGACUCAACAUUAACAAAGGUGGAAUCUUUCGAAAGAUAAAGGUUCCUGUAGGUUUACUUAGUUGUUUACAUUCACAAUGUUGGUGUGGGCGUUAGGUGGUGGGCGGUUAUGUUCCUGUGGGUUGCAGUUGGCAUUUGUACUGGCUUUAAUUCAGGGGCAGUGUUCAUGGUGUGGUAAGAGUAUGAGUGUUCUGCACUAGUUGAAAAUCAUCACUUCUGCUGUGAGAGGUUUGUGCCUGGAUAGGUUGUCUUGUAGAGGUUUGCGCUGCAUUAAAAGCAAACAUGGCUUCCUUGAGGAAGUCCUUUUUAGUUUUCAACGGUUGCAUUUGUUGACAUGAAACACUGUAGUAUGACUUUUAAAUUAAGCUUUAAAGAACAUUUCACAUUGAUUAAGAUAGAUUAGCUGUUUAAAUUAGGUGGGUUUAUUUCAUUUCAGUUUCAUUUUGUGUCAUAAGGUUGAACGCGCCCUUUUUGGUUUUAAUUUCCUCUCAGAAUUUAACUAGCUACCCCGCUAUCCAGAUCUUUAUGUGGUUAAGCAAAAUCCUAUGACUCUUAUAAAUGGCAUGAAAAGCCAGAUAUGGAAGUAAAUAACACCAACCUCCUCUCAUCCCCAAAAUGAGCCGUGACUAGUGCCCUAAAUAUGUCCUGUCUACGAGGCAUGGCACCAGCACAAAUUUACCUCGAGCUGAAGAUGAAUGCCAUAGGUCUGACUGUAUCAAGCACUCAGGAAACCUUGCCUCUUUUUUUUUUUUCUUGACAAAUUGAAAUCUUUCCUGACCUUUAUUUGCCUUUCUGAAUGUAAACUAUACAUAAUAGAACAGUAAUUGUUCUUUGAAAGGGGCAUGUAUUGGUUUAGAAUAAAAAUGAGCUUGAUGUCAUCAGGUAUGACAUCUAGAGGUUUUUUUUAUAGACGUUGCUUUUAUUUCUGGACCUCUAAACAUCACGUUCCUCUCUGACACCCAGUCAGCUUGACAUCUCAUGGUUAAUUUUUCUAUGCAUUAUAGAGUUUAUUUUAUGUGAAAAAAAAAUGAAAUGGAGAAGUUACUAUUUUAAACUGUAAAAAUAUCAUGGUAAACUUUACAUCUAAGGCUCAGAUUUCAGGUCGCACAUGAAAAUGUCAAAGAACUACUGAUGUAAAUGUGAAUUAGAAAGCACUGUUAAAGGGUUCACCUAAAGACUGUUGUACAUUUGUUGCUUUGAGAGUGAUUGGAGACUGUUGAUUUUAACAUUGAACAUAUAAAUAAAAGAGAUAACUUGG